UAUUCGUUAUAUUUGAACCAGCCGAAAUCUUACCAACUGUGCAAGCAUCAUGACGGAACAAACAAUCGUCCAACGAUUCGACAUUUCCGCACCAGGGAAAGUGAUCCUUCACGGGGAACAUUCCGUCGUGUACGGCCAUCCGGCUAUUGCUGGUUCGAUUGGACUGCGUACCUACCUCACGUAUACCACUCUCGAGUCUUCAUCUUCACCCAUACUGAUCAUCGAGUUCCGUUCGAUUCCAUUCACUGCCUCCCUUACGCUUGACCUGUUUGAUGAGUUUCUCCGUGAAAUUGACUGCAACGCAACGCUUCAACCGGAUACUUUUUUGGAGCAAUUACGCUCGGCGGGAGAUUUUCCCUUCGUACGCUUUGUACAGGAUCCGAUGCCUUCUCUCGCGGACAUAACUUCGAAAGAAAGGAUGUCACUCGGUUCCACUCUGUACAUCCUUAAUCGAGUUCUUCGCUCGCAAGGCAUCCAAUCGAUCGAUAGAUCAUGCGUCGGUGCUGGUGGUUUCCAGAUUUCGCUUCAUUCGGAAAUGAGUAUCGGAGCGGGGUUGGGAAGUUCCGCUAGUUAUGGCGUUUGCUUAGCAGCUGGAGCGUAUCAACUGUCACGAGUUCUCAAGCGACAAUUUAGCCUCAAUCCUACCUCGAUGAACCAGGACGUGCUGAAGAAGAUCUAUCAGUGGUCUUUCGAUUCGGAGAUCAUAAUGCACGUGAAACCGUCAGGAAUCGAUAACGAGAUAGCAACCAAUGGCGGAUUGGUUCGUUUCCGACGUGGUACCGGUGUGGACAAAGUCAUCAAACUUCACCGUCCGGUGCAUGUACUUAUCGUUGACACAGGCGUUAGCCGCAGUACGGCAAAGCUUGUCGCAAUUGCGGCCAAACGGCGGGAACUAUUCCCACGAACGAUUGAACCGAUGUUGGAAGCGAUGGGUGGCGUUGUGGAUGAAGCGAUCGCACUGUUUGAAUCUGAGGAUGAUGAUUCAGACUCAGUGCACGAAAGGAUUAGCACACUGGUCAGCAUCAACAACAAUUUACUACGUUCGCUGGGUGUUAGUCAUCCGGCUUUGGAAUCCAUAUUCGCCAUCGCCGAACGGUGUGGGUUUGCCAGUAAACUAACCGGUGCCGGAGGUGGAGGAUGUGCCUUUGUGUUGCUUCCGGAUGGUUUCCGUGAACUCGAAUCAUUCCAACGGUUGGUGAGUGGGUUAACUGAAGCUGGCUUCCGAUCGAUGGAAACUACCGUCGGUACGGGGGCUGGUGUUACGCUGAGCUAA